AUGUUCCACGUCGCUCCAGUAGCUGCAGCAUUUCCUGUCGCUCCAGUUGCACCUGUGGUCCCAUGUGUUUCUGAUAUUUCCUACAUUAAGCUACCACCAUAUGUUCCCGAAGGACCCGUUUUUGAUGUGGAGCCGGAACACCUUCCCGUAGCAUAUGCUUCAGUUGGUUCAAUUGCACCUUUAGUUGCAUCUGUUCCUACUGCCCCUGUAUUUCCUGCGUUAAGCUACCACCAUAUGUUUCCGUAUGGUCAUUACUAUCAUCCCCCUGCGGCGGUUCACAAUGUGGCAAAGUCUUAUGCUAAGGAAAGUGGUCACGCUUCUGCCACAUCAGUAGUUUCCGAAAACGGACACUUGCAUCAUGGCUUAGGACUACACUUUCCAUAUCUUGCCGAUGCACUAACCUUAGCACCAUGGCGCUCACGCCUGUAUAAACAGAAGGCUGCUAAAAAGGUCCUUAAAACUGCGAGCAAAGCUGUGAACAAGAAAACUCAAUAA